CCACUGCGACGACCACGAGUGUGACGUAUCUGUGGGUUUCUGGUAACUUCCUCCGUCGUCUCACGUUCUCUCUCACACAUACAUGUAAAACCACCGCCUUCACAAGACUUUAGUACAUAAAUACACUCACACAGACGUAGUAAAUAUAUAUAUAUAUAUAGUUAUAACAUACUGACAAGAUUAUACCUUCGAAGGAAUAUUAAGUUUUUUCUUCUUACGAACUUCAGUCAAAACCUCAAUUUAACCAAAAAUUAUGGCACGUGGUCAGCAGAAAAUUCAGUCACAGCAAAAACAGAAACUAAAGAAAGACAAAAUGAAGAAAUCCACUGGACAUGACCAGAAGAAGGCUGCAGCAGCAGCACUCAACUAUAAGUGCACUGUUUGUAUGUCUUUGAUGCCUGAUGUAAAAACCUACAAACAGCACUUUGAAAACAAACAUCCGAAAGCAUCUUUGCCAGAAGAAUUGAAACUGGAAUGA